CCGGGCAGCGGCAGCUGGCUCACUGUGGCGGCUGCGCAUAGGCGCCCCGCGGCCCCUCUCAGAAAAUGUGGGAUCAAGAAAAGGACCAUUUGAAAAAAUUCAGUGAGUUAAUGGUUGCAUUCAGGGUCCGGCCAACAAUUCUCAUGCCCUUUUGGAACGUGAUGGGUUUUGCCCUGGGAGCUGGGACCGCCUUGCUUGGGAAGGAAGGAGCGAUGGCCUGCACUGUGGCUGUGGAAGAAUCGAUAGCACAUCACUACAACAACCAGAUCAGGACUCUGAUGGAGGAGGACCCUGAAAAAUAUGAGCAACUUCUUCAGGUGUUAAAGAAAUUUCGGGAUGAAGAGCUCGAGCACCAUGACACAGGCCUCGAACACGAUGCAGAAUUGGCUCCACCAUAUGCCAUUUUGAAGAAUGUUAUCCAAGCUGGGUGCAGCAUGGCGAUAUAUUUAUCAGAAAGAUUUUAAAGUACAUCCACUUACCCCUCUCUAUAGAAGAUGAUAUUAAUUUAACAAGUGACAUU